AUGAGCAGCUUGUACGUCUCCCCGAACCCCGGUCCGUACCCCGGUCCGAACCCGACGCCGCAGAUCUUAGCCGAGCAGAGGGCGCGCCUCAACGAAGAGGAAGAAGCCAAGACCGCGACGCCGCCGCGACCGCCGCCCGCGCGCAAGGACACCGCGCGCGAGGAGGAAGCGCGCGCCGGCGCGACGCCCGCGCGCGGACCGUCCGCAAGACCGCCGCGCGCGACGACGAAGACGAAGACGACCGUCCCGCCGUACCGACCCGCGCGAACGGAGACGUUCACCGCGGUGAUCCUCGCGCUUCUCAUCGCCGGCGUCGCCCCGUGCGCGGCCGUCUUUCCCUAUCAAGGCGUCCGCGACGCGGACGCGGCGGGGACGAAGUGGGUGCGGACGCUCGCGGCGUGGAGCGCGGCGGAGAAGUUCCCGGAGGUGGACGCGCUGCGGCCGUACUACCCGGAGGCGACGACGACGACGGCGGCGGCGGCGGCGCUGGAGACGUCGCUCGCGGCGCCGACGCCGACGCCGACGCCGACGCCGACGCCGGCGCCCGCGUCGGAGGCGGAGGAGAAGGACGCGCCGCGCGCCGCCGCGACGGCCGACGCCGAGGAUACCGAGAGGCCGAAGCCGCCCGCGCGCGCGGCGGCGGCGGCGGCGGAGGCGCCGUGA